UACAAAUCAGACAAACUUUCCUCGAAUCGCAUCAUUGAGUUUGUCGCCCGUUUAGUGAACCUGCCAAAUUCCGCGGUCUCUUAAGAACGAUUUUUACGAAGAAGGAAAAAUUCCAGUCUUACAAAAAUGAUGUGAUUUUUGAAAAAUUCUCUUAGUGAAAGAAAAAAAAAUAUAGAAAAUUAUCUGUUAAAUCAGUAAAGUUUAUUUUAAUGAGAUCAAUGAGUCUAAUGCAAUUCUUAUCAACUCGAAAACUUUUCAUUAAUCUCGAAAGGAACGCAAAGAUAUUUUCUAUUUUGUGUAUCAAGAUGUGAAAUAGAUUUUCAUCGCAUUUAAAAAAAGAAAAGUGGCUGAAAAAAUUUUAUAGCAUCAGAUUUCAAGAAUGAAUAAGGAAGAUGAUCUAUUUGUGGAAGAUGAGAACUUGGAGAUACCUGGAGCUCCGCGAGAUACAACGGAAAGAAAACUUUCCAUCUAUCGCAAGCACCUUGCGAAGCAUAUGAAGCUAUUUCCGGAAUUAUAUCGAAGUGACGUCUCGAUUCACCCCAGCUAUACCGAUUUAAAAGUCUUGCCUUAUCACGUGGUAUGUAGACAGCGUGUGCAAAGGCUCAGGCGACAGAUAUCUCGGCAACUGAAUCGUGAGAUCACGCACUUUGCCAUGCUGCAGAUGUUCGCUCUCGACGCUGUGAGAAUCGAUCGCCUCUUCAGCAUCGGUAUGUCGCCAAAGAUGUUGAUCGUACCGGAUCCAUUGACGGAAAAGGAGAGACGCCAACUGAAUGAACUCGUCGAAACCUGAAAUCCUUAAUAAAAUCCUUUAUGUACAAUUUCAGCGAAAGAAAAUAAAUUAUCUUAUAUGUUCGACUCAA